CCGGUUCGCCAGAGUGAGCCCGUAUGAUACGGGUUCAAGUGACGUGGCAAGAGAUGAUUGGAAGCGCGUUUUUGUGUUGACGAAGUCGAGACACGGGGUCUGUGCAAACCAAAUUCAUUUGUUCUCUUUCCUAGGGUUUGUUUCUCUCAAAGGCGAUUGCGCGAGCGACGGUGACGCCAUUCCAUUUCUCCAUUUCCUCGACGUAUUUCUCCAUCUAAUCAACCAUUUCCUCCACGAGCUAAGGUGAGCAUCCAUUAGGGUUCGUUUCAUCGGGGGAUUUUGGGAUCGAAACCGAAUUAGGGUUCGUUUCACUGGGGUUUGAAAAUCGAUUUGGGGGUUUCUAGCUAGAGUUGUAAAUCGAGUAGUGGGGUUUCGAAUUUCGUUUGUAAAGCGUGAUGAGGGUUUGAUUAAGGGUUCGUUUGAUUGGGGGUUUGAGAUCGAAAGCUAAUUAGGGAUCGUUUCACUGGGGUUUGAAAAUCGAUUUGGGGGUUUCUAGCUAGAGAUGUAAAUUGAGUAGUGAGGUUUCGAUUUAUGUUUGUAAAGUGUGAUGAGGGUUUGAUUUAGGGUUCGUUUCAGCUUUUUGUUUCGUCAACAAUGUUCUAACCUAUUUGUUUAUCUGUUUUAGAUGGAUCCCGCAGCUGAGAGAAGAGACAGAAAGAGCCAAAAGGACUACAUCAACAUGCUAGGAUACGUUGCCGAUUCGGAAUAUGGGAUUCCGACAAGGUGUCCGUGUGGUGGGAGAAUAAUAGACGAGGUCCGGAAGAAGGAGGAGUACGACACUCUUCCUGGCAAGCGGUUCUUCACUUGCACAAACUACGAGGCUGAUGGGUUCCAUUAUCGUCAGGCAUGGGUGGUUGGGGUCCAGGAGGAGAUCCAACGGCUGUCUAAGCGGGUGGAGGAAGCUGAGCAGGUGAUCAACGGGGUGCCUGAGCUCAAUUAUCAGAUUGACAGACUGGAGUCACAGGUUAAAAUCCUGACGGUUCAUGUUGAUAACCUCCAUGUUCAGGUCACUGACAUGGAGAAGUUGGAAUGUCUGAGUAAGCGGUUACAGGAGGCUGAGGAGAUGGUAAAGGUGGUGCCGGAUCUCAAUAAAAAGAUUGCUUCACUGGAGGUAAGUGAAUCAAAAUUAGGUAGUUUAAUACUUGUAAAGCUACUCACUAACACUCUCUUAUUGGCGUUUGAAUGUGCAGGGACAGGUUGAAUUCCUCACUGGCCAGGUUGAUAACCUCACAUCCGAUGUGGAAACCCUGGAGAAGCUGUGUUUCCAUUGAAACCCAAAGGUACACUAAUGCUCACUUCAUGUUUUUGAAAGUCAAUACUAUACUUAAGUGAACUAGAACUAGUUUGGUAAAGUACUGUGAACUAGAACUAGAACAUAAUUGGCUCGGUUUAAUUAGAAUUAUAACUAGACCUAUAACUAUAACUAGAACUAGUACUAGAACUAGAACUAGAACUAGAACUAGAACUUAAUUCCUUUAAUUCUGUGUUGGUGUUGGUUGGUCGCUGUGAUGAAUGGUCGAACUCAUUAACUUAUCUUCCUUUCAAUAAACUGAUUUGAUGUGUAAUGAAUGCUCUGUGUGAAUGUUGUUGUGUAAUUAACUAUGUGAUUAAAAAACUAGUUUAAAAAGAUAGGAAAACCCACACAAACAUAAAAACACCAACAAACAAAAACCAAAAUGGAUCCUUUUCCCCACAACUCCCACGGGUUUGUAAACCUAUUAUCUCCACAGAGCAGUCAAACAAUUGACUUAGCGUCUGCUGAGAUGCCUAGGUUUAGUAGCCAGCAGUCUGAUGUUCCUAAACCAGUGGAAAGGAAAAGGUGGACAGCACAAGAAGAUAUUGUGCUCAUCAGUGCUUGGUUGAACACGAGCAAGGAUCCAAUAGUUAGUAAUCAGCAGAAGGCGGGGUCGUUUUGGAAGAGGAUAGAGGAGUAUUUCAACGCAAGCGCUAAGUUAAGUGGCUUUGCUGAGAGAGAGUGGGGCCAGUGUAAGCAGAGGUGGGGACGGGUGAAUGAGCAGGUGUGUAAGCCUAAGCUCUGAAGUUCCAUACUUUCAGCAAAGAAGAAAUGGGCACGGAAGGUACGGGCUAUCUGCACUCCAAAAGUGUACGGCGGCUAUACGUAUGCUGGCAUAUGGUCAAUCGGGAGAUACGUAUGACGAAUAUCUCCGACUUGGAGAAAGUACUGCACGUUUAUGUUUGGAAAAUUUCACUGAUGGGAUAAUGGAAUUGUUUGGAGAAGAGUAUCUGAGAAGACCCACACCCGAUGAUCUUCAACAUUUACUCGAUAUUGGAGAGGUACGCGGUUUUCCAGGGAUGAUAGGCAGCAUCGAUUGUAUGCAUUGGGAGUGGAAAAACUGUCCUACGGCUUGGAGAGGACAAUACACACGUGGUUCAGGAAAGCCGACAAUUGUCUUAGAAGCUGUGGCAUCUCAGGAUCUGUGGAUAUGGCACGCAUUUUUCGGCUUACCAGGUACUCUCAACGAUAUCAAUGUUCUUGAUCGCUCUCCUGUUUUCAGUGACAUUUUAGAGGGUCGAGCACCUAAAGUUAAUUUCAAGGUCAACAACCACACUUAUCGUAUGGCGUACUACCUUACUGACGGAAUUUAUCCGAAUUGGGCAACAUUUAUCCAAUCCAUCUCGCUUCCUCAAGGUCCUAAAGCAGAGCUAUUUGCUCACCGUCAAGAAUCCACCAGAAAAGAUGUUGAACGGGCUUUUGGAGUAUUGCAAUCAAGGUUUGCAAUAGUUAAAAACCCUGCUCUACUUUGGGACAAGGUUAAGAUAGGAAAGAUUAUGAGAACUUGUGUCAUUUUGCACAAUAUGAUAGUAGAGAACGAACGAAGCGGAUACGCUCAAAUUGAUACAUCUGAGUUUGAGUCAGGGGAGUCGAGCAGGAGUUCCCAGGUGCAAAGGACAACAAGUAUGAAUAUCGGUAAUAUGCGUGGCAUUCGCAAUGAAGUUCGGGAUUCACAGAUACAUGAUCGUUUGAAAGCUGAUUUAGUUGAAAAUGUAUGGCAAAAGUUUGGUAAUGUCGAUGAAUAAUAUUUGUAUGUUCUUGAAUUUUCAAUGUUUUCAAUAAAAUGUUUUCAAAAAAAAAAUGUGUGUUAUGAAUUAUCAUUGUAUUGAAUAAAAUUGUUUUUAGAACUUUUUAUAAAUAUAUCUUAUUAAUGAAUUCUCAAUAUGCAAACUUAAAAAAAAAAUAUUAUUUAAUUUAUAAGAACCUCUUCUUCGGGUUCACUAAUGCGGAUGCAAAAUAUAUAGAGGUUUAUAGAGGUUCAUCACUAUUCCGGGUCCCACCAUUAAAUUAUUAAAAAAAUCUUAUGAACCCCAUAUGGGGGUUCACUAAUGCAGAUGGCCUAACGCAAACUUUACCAUAACCGGUUUUACAAGUACUCGAUUCCCUUGUUUUGUUUAAAUAAAAAAAAGUAUAUUUUUUUUUUGAAACUGAAAAAAAAGUAUGUUUAACUUGAUAAAUAGUUUCAAAUUUGCUUUUCUUGAUAAAACAAUCUUGGUGUGAACACAGGCCAAGAAAUACCUAAUGAUGCAGACAUUCGGCACGGGGUCACUUGUAACCACUUUAAAACAUUACUCCCUUUAAUGAUGCAGUAGUAAAUGUAGGACUCACUUCAUUCCACAAGACUUACUACAACUCAUAGGAGUAAACAUUCACGUGUAUAGGGAGGCUAACCGCUUAGCUGAUGGGUUAGCCAACCUUGCUAUUUCCCUUCCUUUUGGUUUUCAUCGUUUUGAUGCUGCUCCAAUAGAGAUUGUUAGUUUGUUACGAGACGAUGUUGAUGGCUCAUUACAGCCACGACAAGUUCGAUUGUAGUUGAAGUUUCUUUUAAAUAAAAUUGGGAGGUUCUCUCCCAUAUUCUUACCAAAAAAAAAGGAGUAAACAUUCUCUUGUAUUUACACUAUUAGUUAACAAACUAGAUUUACUAUAUCCGAUGAUCUAACGAGACCCUUUUUGUUGUUUGUUGCAACCUUUAGAAAGGAUACUAUGUGGGCAAGAACAUGGACAGAAUUAAGGAGAGCAGUUUCACGUGGACAAGUCUAAAGUGUUGAGUAUUCCUCUUGUUCCACACUUAAGACUGAGUAGUCAACAAAGUCCGGAAACAUAUGCGGAGAAGGAAGAUAUGGCGAAGGUUUCAUAUACUUCUGCAGUGGGUAGUUUGAUGUAUGCCAUGGUUUGUACAAGACCGGAUUUAGCCUACGCAUUUGGAGUUGUCAGCAGGUUUCUCUCCAAUCUGGGAAGAGAACAUUGGAAUGCUGUGAAGUGGAUUUUGAGAUAUCUCCGAGAGAUUUCUGAUUUGAAGAUUACAUUUGGAGGUAAGAAGCCUUUGCUUGUCAGUUACACUGAUUCUGACAUGUCUGGAGAUGUUGAUUCUAGCAAGUCUCUUUCGGAUUAUUUGGUAACAUUUGCGGGCGGAGCUGUGGCAUGCAGUCAAAGGCUGCAAUUUAUCUCUAUAAUAUUAUCAUGCUACACAGGGGAGAUAAUAAUGUGAAACAAUCAUACUUUGAUAAAAGUGGUUAGAAACAAAAUAACGAGGUGGGUGAUCAGUCCUGGAACCGCGUUAAAAAAACAAUAAUGUGAAACAAUCAUAAUGUAAAAGCAGUAGAAAUUAGAAGAGUUUAUGGUUCUGUAGGAUCUUGAGAUGGACCAGGGAAGAUGAAGGUCGGAUAAAAGAAUACAAUGGCAGUACUUAAAGAUGCAUCAUUCUUGACAUGACAGGUAACUUAUGUUCUCAUCUGAGCUAUGUCCAUGAGUUAUAUGCCAUCGAAACAACAUCAAAAAGAGAUGCACAAAAAUGCUAUUUGUACAAUCAAAUGACUAAGUUCGUCUACAUUAUUUGAUUCAUGUUUGCCUAUUUCUUUGUGAUCUUCACCAUUAAAUAAAAUAGGUAAGCCUCUUCUGCAAUUAUAAUUCUUUUAAAGAUUUGUCUUUUCAUCUUAACAAAUGUAUAAUCAUAAGGACUGCAUUGAUUUAAAAGAAGUUGUCAAGAAGUUUAAUAAUGUUUUUUUUUCUCCUAAAAAUUCUAUUGGGUUUAAAAGAAGAGUACCAAACAAGAACAAAAGCGACGCAGUUACCAGGAAUCCAACUUUAUACUAAAACCACAUUUAAAUAACCCAAGUGUGAAACAAAAGAGGACGACAACAAGUUGAUAAGAUUUAAGAUGGUGUGUUCCUUCAGGUUGCCUGGUGGCGCAGAUUGCUAGAAUUUCACCAAGCUUGGAACAUAAGAGCACACAAGUGGCCAGCACUUCAUGGGUGCAAAAUCACCAAGAUCGACUGAUUUGAAGUAUCCAUUUUCACCAAGAACAUAAGCCAUAUUA